GCGCUCGGAGACGGACGCGCAUGUGUGGAGGGGCGGGGCAGGCGCGUGGCCGUUAGCGCGCGGCCGUUAGCGGUCUCGCUCUGGCAACGGUCGGCGUCACGACCUUCUCGGUGGGCUACAGUCCGCGUGACCCAGCCCCUGUUUGCACGUUCGCCUCCUUUGCGGGGUGCAGUCACCGCGCGGGGCCGCCGCCCGUGAGGUAGCUAUCACGGCUUGUGACAACGAAUAAAGCUCCCGGACAGCGGCGCCCUCAGCGAUAGCUGGGUGGGCAGCCCCGGCCGGGAGCAGCGGCCGGUGAGUUAUCGUGAGGAGCGAGCAUCGGAGCCCACCUCCGGCCCGACCCCGCAUCAGCCGCCAGGCAGGCGCGACAUGAGCCUGGUCUGGCACCCGCGGGAUGGUCCUUGAGCCUCUUCUCCUGCAGUUACCUCCGGGGACGGUUGUGGCCACACCGACACGUAUUUUCCAAAUAAAUCAGUGUUUAUCUUGCGACGGCGGCGGGGCCGAACACGUUAAUUUAUUUUUCAUUUUCUCAGCAAGCAUUUGCCCAGCAUUUUUACAGUGAAACAACUUGGUAAGCGUUUGGAGGGAGCAACCGCCGGGUUAGGAAAUCACGGACUGAGCAGCUUGUGGAAGCCCGCAUUGGCCACGCCCCUCCUCUAAUAUUUUGAAGAUUGUUGCGUCUUGUAACUACCGGUGUGCACAGAAUCCUACCCAAGGAACGUCGUGGUCCAGCGAUGCAAACAACUGAAGUUUCAAGCCUGUCCAAGCGCUUUUGAUGAGUAAGAAGGCGACAAAUGUCAGCUUUUGCAACUGCAACUCAUGGGUUAGAAGAGGAGAUGGAGCAAGCACAAGGCGGGCAGGCUAGCCUUGGUCUUCUGAGCAGCUACUGCCUUAGAGUGGUAUUCAUGCAGAAUAGUUGAAAGUCCCCGGAGGGAUUCAUGAUCCCCUGCCUUGAUCCGAGGCCGUGGGUACUGGAAUGACCUAUUGGAAUGACUGGAGUGUGUCUCUGGAGUGACCUAAUUCACCCUGCUCUACUUCUAAGAAAUAUUAUCCUCCGACUAGACACAGUCCUUCCUUCACAGGGCUGGAAGAGCCUGUAUUGUCUUCAUAAUACUAUAGAAGAAUUCAAGAUAGGAGAGAGAGGCAGCAGCGAAUGAAGACUAUAAAAGAAAAGAAGAAGGAACGCCUAAGAUUGAGGAAAUCUGCCAGGACUAGGAAGGUAACCCAGAGGAAGCCAUCUUCAGGGCCUGUUUGCCGGCUAUGCUUUCGAGAACCUGGGGAUCCUGAAAAGUUAGGAGAAUUCCUUCAGAAAGACAAUCUCAGCGUGCAUUAUUUCUGUCUUAUUCUAUCUAGCAAGCUGCCUCAGAGGGGCCAAUCCAACAGAGGUUUCCAUGGAUUCCUGCCUGAAGACAUCAAAAAGGAGGCAGCCCGGGCUUCUAGGAAGAUCUGCUUUGUGUGCAAGAAAAAGGGAGCCGCUAUCAACUGCCAGAAGGAUCACUGCAUCCGAAACUUCCAUCUGCCUUGUGGCCAAGAAAGGGGUUGCCUUUCACAAUUUUUUGGAGAGUACAAAUCAUUUUGUGGAAAACAUCGGCCAACACAGAACAUCCAACAGGGGAAUGUGGGAGAGGAAAGCUGUGUCUUGUGUUGUGAAAACUUAUCCCAAGCCAUUGCUGAGAACAUCCAGAGCCCGUGUUGUAGUCAAGCUAUCUACCACCGCAAGUGCAUCCAGAAAUAUGCUCACACAUCAGCAAAACAUUUCUUCAAAUGUCCUCAGUGUAACAAUCGAGAAGAGUUUCCUCAAGAAAUGCUAAGAAUGGGAAUUCAUAUACCAGACAGAGAUGCUGCCUGGGAACUCGAGCCAGGGGCUUUCUCAGAGCUGUAUCAGCGCUAUCAGCAUUGUGAUGCCCCCAUCUGUCUGUAUGAACAAGGCAGAGACAGCUUUCAGGACGAAGGGAAGUGGCGCCUCAUUCUGUGUGCUACGUGUGGAUCCCACGGAACCCAUAGGGACUGCUCCUCUCUUAGAUCCAACAGCAAGAAAUGGGAGUGUGAUGAGUGUUCACCUUCUGCUUCAGCCAUAGACUACAGACCUGAAAACUCAAAUGAUAUUCCCUGCUGCAGCAGCACCUUCCACCCUCAGGAGCAUUUCUGCAGAGACACCAGCCUGGAAGAGAAUCCAGGGCCUUCUUGGACUGAUUGGCCAGGACCUUCCUUAGUAGAAAUUCCAGAGUCCUCUGGUGGCAGGAAGAACCACUCCUGGCAGUCCAAGGGUGUCAGAAUCACUAAGAGGUGCAAAAAGUCCAAGUAAAAACUUCUGAGUAGUURCUGCCAAGCACAAUUGGGUACGAAGCAGCACUCCUCCAUUGGAUUUGGGGGAGGGAGCACUUUGGGACUGUGAGCCAAGGAAAGGGGGCCAGCAGUGAGACUAGAGCCAAGGAAAGAAGUCCCAAGGGAGCAUAAGGAGCGCUCGGAGUCCAGAUGCCAACAGUCAAUCGUAUUUGUGGCUAUGAGAAUGCCUCUGCUCUUUUUUCCCCAAUUCUCUUUCUUCUCUUCUUCCACCAAGAUUCUUCCACCUUUAUAUGGUUUUCGUAUGCCUCUUCUUAACUUCACUCAAGUUUGUUAUUAUGCAAAUAAAGGUUUUUCUCUCCA